AUGGAGACGUUUGAGGAGCCGGAAUCUACCUGCCUUGCCUGCGCUUGGGCUUUGGGGGGUAUGAUGGCAUCUCCACCCAACAUCAUGUCCGACGCGGAGUUCGACAUAACGCAAGAGAGGAAAAACACCAAGACCGUAUCUUUGGUGCCCGAUUGGCAUUAUUACAAUGUGCUCCCCCACGUAUGCGUGAAUGGAGUAAGAGCUUGUGAUGCAAGCUUGGAAGAAUGUUUCACCGCUAACUUACGCGCAGAAAGCUCUACGGAUGAGUAUUAUACGUUCGGAAGCGAAUAUUAUUCCUUUGAAGUCUCGACAACGAUUACAGGAGAUGUCCUCGUCCCGAGGGCUUACGGAGACAUGAACCCAGGUGACUAUACCGAUAUGUUCGUACCUUCAAGAAUAAAAGAAACACCGGUCGGUCCAGCACUCUCUCCACAACAAUGGAUCAUGCAGUUUCGCCCCGGACUACCCCUGCCUCGUCUCAACCCCCGAUGCGGUCCAGCUUUCGCCAGUACAAUUGCAUCCAGAUCAUUCUGUGUUGGGGAGUUCUCAUCCGAUGGAAGAUGGUCCGCAAUGCGCUGUCGAAUUGCGCGGCUUGAUCCCAUCUACCUCUCCAAGAACGCCAACAGUGCAAAAAAAUCCCAUGAUCAUCCUGUCUCUGUCCUGUGGAACCGAUCAAUCCCAUUGCCCACAAAUUGGGACCAGGAGAAGGUUGAGAAAAACAGCCAGUCCAACGAUGCCUCUGAAGUAGAGGAUAAGAGACAUCCUAGCCAUGCGUUACCCAGGCGUACCUACAAUCUUCGUAAUCUUCCGAGCCGGUCACAGAAGCAACGGAAAACUCAAGCACCCACGGAGAACCGACUUGACGAAGGUAAAACGUCGUUCGAGAGCCAAUCUGGAGAAGAUGACGGUCGCAGGUAUUGUCUCGCACGGGCUCGCUGCCGACACCUGCCUGCGAACUUCAGAAUUAGACGAAUGGACGAGUUUACUGAUUGA